GACAUCUACAUUUCUUCUGUAUCUCUGUCGCCGCUGCUUUCCUCAACUAGUGCUGUCAAUUCUGGCUGUUCCCACUGCCUUACACUGUCACUGCACCUACUUUUCCCCUCUCGAGAAUCGUCGCUACUGCUGCUGCUGCUGCUGCUGCUGCUGCGGCUACUUCUCUGUAGAUUUGGAGAGGGAAUGGAGCCUGCCAAGGGGGCGCCACCGUCGCCGCCGACCGAUCUGGGGACAGUUGCCCGGACGCUCAGCAAGAUCCUUCGCCCGCGCCUCUCCUCCGCUCGUUCUGUUGGUGGCGAGUACGAUGUGAUCCACAAGCUGAAGCUCACGCGGGACUUCGGUGGGUACUCUGGCAGUCUCUCUGACUGCCACGGCGAUAGCUUACAGAGAGCUGAAGCGGAGACUAAGCAGCAGCGGCGGAAGAGUGAUGCUUCUUCCAGUGAUAGAGAGGCCAUGGAGUUCCUCCUCGCGAACCUCUUCGCGAGCGUCUCGGCCGUCAAGGCCGCCUACGCGCAGCUCCAGGUGGCGCAGUACCCCUACGAUCCCGACUCCAUAGAGUCGGCGGACGCCGUCGUCGUCGCUGAGCUCAGGCGUAUCUCGGAGCUCAAGCAGUGCUACUUGAAGAACCAGGUCGACCCUCGGACCAGCCGCAUUUCACUGCCUGCCCUCGCCGCGCAGCUCCAGGAGCUGCGCAACCUCAUCAAGACCUACAAGAUCACCAUCCGCAAGCUCAAGGCGGAGCUCGAGCACAAGGACGCGAAGAUCGUCGCCCUCCGAGCCGAGCUCCUCGAAUCCCAGAGCAAGGUCCGGGCUUUGGAGGCUAAACUGCACCCCAACCGCUCCCUCGCCGCCAUCGACGCCCUCCACCUCUCCGGCCUCAACCCCACCCAUUUCCUCACCGCGUUGCGGUUCACCUACAAAUCGAUCAGAUCCUUCGUCCAUCUGAUGGUGAAGAUGAUGGAGUCCGCCGGAUGGGACCUCGACGCCGCCGCAGGAUCAAUCCAACCAGACAUGCUCCGCCGGAGAAUCCCCGGCCACCGCGUCUUUGCCUUCGAAUCCUACGUCUGCCGGAGGAUGUUCUCUGGAUUCAGCCACCAAAGCUUCGGCCUUUCUUCCUUGGAAGAAUGCUCGGGUUGGGAUCGCCGGCAAUUCUUCGACGAUUUCACCCGGCUGAAGUCGAUCGCACUGGAUCAGAAUCCAGGGUGUCCACCGUCGCCGGCAGCGCAGCUAUGCAGGGCGAAGUACUUGUCGCUGGUGCAUCCGAAGAUGGAAUCUUCCUUCUUCGGCGAUCUCGACCACAGGGAGACGGUGGGCUCCGGGUGGGGCUUCCCAGCCUCCGAGUUCUUCGCCGGGUUCGCCGAGAUGGCGAGACGAGUGUGGCUCCUCCACUGCCUCUUCUUCUCGUUCAAGCCGGAGACCAAGCGGUCCAUCUUCCAGGUCCGACGACGGACCCGGUUCUCUGAUGUGUACAUGGAGAGCGUAGUGGCAGAGGAGGAGAGCAGCGGCGGAGCAACCACGGUUGGCUUCACCAUAGAGCCGGGGUUCAGGUUGGGCCAGACGCUGAUCCAGUGCAAGGUCUACCUGAUCACAGACGAGCCAGACUUGGACGGACGGUCGUGAUCGAGUUCGUUGGUCAUCGACGGCUGUGCUGAAGCGUCAAUGUGGAUGUUUUGGCAGAGUAAUUAGGUCAACACGUUGACUAUGUACAAAAUAGUGUAAUGUAAUGUUUAUGACGAGUAAUUGUUCAAAGCAUGUGUACGUGACAAGAACAAAUGUCAUGUAACGAAGAUGA